UAUAUAUAUACACACAUAUAGGAGAGAAAAGUCAAAAUAGCUGCAUUCUCAGGGCUUGUCACUGGGAGGUACUUCGAUUCCCUUCGAGAUCUGCUGGACCAGUGCUUCGCCUUUCUCUGGAGAAGUUUGUAACAGGAAGAAAAAAUGUUCAGAUAUAACUUCAGCCACAUAGUGGACCAGCUUUCAGAAACUGGAACAAGCACUACACUGAUUGAGCAGGCCAUCUCUGAAAAGGUGCUAAAUGAUGUAAAACAUAUUGCGACUAGUCUCAAUUCCAAAACUUCAAAGGAGCCUUCAGCUUCAAACGAGCCUAUCGAGCAAGAGAGAAUGAGCAGACCACAAGUACCAGAACAGGAGAAAUCACAUUUAUCCAUGGAUAACGUUCAGCCAUUGAAAGAAACAAAUUCCAAUGAUGACAUGAGCAAGGAAGCUAGCACAAGCUUAUCUGAAAUCCAAGAAGAGAAACUAGAAGUACAUGUGGACAAAUUCUUCCCAAUACCACCAGAUGUGGUUAACAAAGAACCUUCAGAGGCAGACUGUUAUUUUAGAGAAUACUUUUCAAGAAAGAGAAGCAACCUCCAACCCCAAGAUACAAUGAAAAAUAUGAGAAGAAUCAAGAACAACAUCAGAGGACUCUUGUACCAGCUCUAUGAAACAAUUGAAUUGACUUGUAGAAGAAAGCAAACUUUUGAGAAUGUGCAGAAUUACCGUAAGGCACUAUUUGAGCUGUGGAUUGAGUGGAGUAAGAAGCAGUUAGAAAAUGAGGAUGAAGAUGAUAUUGAGUUCUUGGAACAUGUGACUCUGGAUAUGUCCCGGAGCAUUUCUCUGAAAUUGCAGUCAGCCUUCAUGGAUCUCAUGCAUAAGGUCCAAGGUCUCCCAAGCAGCCUACAAGACGACAUCCAACAGGCCUGCAGUGACAUGCAGGACCUCCAUACCAUCUUUUCCCUAAGCCAUGGGUUUGAAGAUCUAGACAAGCAUCGUCUGGCUCAGAGCCAGGUUAAGCUGAUCCAAGCCCAGGGAAAUGUAGAAAAAUUGUUGUUGUAUUAUUUCUUAGAAGGAUUCUAAACACUUAAGAAAUUGUGAUCUGGGAUCAGAUUGAUAUUUCCAAGUUACUGGCAAGCAGUGUUAUGCUAGUUCAUAUUAUGCUCUUUGUACUUUUCAGAUUAUGCAAAUAAAGUUGCAUUAAAAACUUGGGUUUUGUGGAUCAUUUA